AUGCUCCCCAUGCAGCAACCGCUCGUGCUCCUCCUCCUCCUCUUCAUCGGCUCCGCCAAGUAUGCCGUCGCCUCCGGCACCGAUGCCGGUGCGGCUACCUACAUUGUCUAUCUGAACCCCGCGCUCAAGCCGUCCCCCUACGCCACGCACCUCCACUGGCACCACGCGCACCUGGUCUCCCUCUCCCUGGACCCCGCGCGCCACCUCCUCUACUCGUACACCACCGCCGCGCCGUCCGCGUUCGCCGCCCGCCUCCUCCCGUCCCACGUCGCGGCGCUCCGCAGCCACCCUGCCGUCGCGUCAGCGCAUGAGGACGUGCUCCUACCGCUCCACACCACGCGCUCCCCUUCGUUCCUCCACCUCCCGCAGUACAACGCGCCUGAGGCGGACGGCGGUGGGGGCCCGGACGUCAUCAUCGGAGUGCUCGACACCGGCGUGUGGCCCGAGAGCCCCAGCUUCGGAGAUGCCGGUCUGGGCCCCGUGCCUGCACGGUGGCGCGGGAGCUGCGAGACCAAUGCCACCGACUUCCCGUCGUCGAUGUGCAACCGCAAGCUCAUCGGCGCCCGUGCCUUUUUCCGCGGCUACUCGUCGGGGGCCGGCGGCAAUGGUUCUCGAGUCAUCGCCGACCUCAGGUCGCCGAGGGACCACGACGGGCACGGCACGCACACCGCAAGUACCGCAGCCGGGGCCGUAGUGGCGAACGCAAGCCUCCUCGGGUACGCGUCGGGCACGGCGCGGGGCAUGGCCCCCGGGGCGCGCGUCGCGGCAUACAAGGUGUGCUGGAGGCAAGGCUGCUUCAGCUCCGACAUUCUGGCGGGCAUGGAGAAGGCCAUCGACGACGGCGUCGACGUGCUCUCGCUGUCGCUGGGCGGCGGCGCGUUCCCGCUCUCGCGCGAUCCCAUCGCGGUCGGCGCGCUCGCGGCCACCCGCCGCGGCAUCGUCGUCUCGUGCUCCGCUGGGAACAGCGGGCCGUCGCCGUCGUCUCUGGUGAACACCGCCCCGUGGAUAAUCACGGUAGGCGCCGGAACGCUCGACCGGAACUUUCCGGCUUACGCCGAGCUCGGCAACGGCGAGACCCUCGCGGGCAUGUCCAUCUACUCCGGCGACGGGUUUGGUGACGACAAGAUCCCUCUAGUGUACAAUAAGGGCAUUCGUGCCGGCAGCAACUCGAGCAAGCUCUGCAUGGAGGGCACGCUGGACGCCGCGGAGGUGAAGGGCAAGGUGGUCCUGUGCGACCGGGGCGGCAACUCGAGGGUGGAGAAGGGGCAGAUAGUGAAGCAGGCCGGUGGCGUGGGAAUGGUGCUCGCGAACACCGCCCAGAGCGGCGAGGAGGUCGUGGCGGACAGCCACCUCCUCCCGGCGGUGGCCAUCGGCGCUAAGAGCGGGGACGCCAUAAGGAGGUACGUGGAGUCAGACGCCAACCCGGAGGUGGCGUUAACCUUUGCCGGCACCGUGCUCGACGUGCGGCCGGCGCCGGUAGUAGCCGCGUUCAGCUCCCGUGGACCGAACAGGGUUGUGCCGCAGCUGCUCAAGCCGGACGUGAUCGGUCCGGGCGUGAACAUCCUUGCCGGGUGGACGGCGUCCGUCGGCCCGACCGGGCUAGUCGCCGACGAGCGGCGGUCAGCGUUUAACAUCUUGUCAGGGACAUCCAUGUCGUGCCCGCACAUCAGCGGCCUGGCGGCGUUCGUGAAGGCGGCGCACCCGGACUGGAGCCCCAGCGCCGUUAAGUCCGCGCUCAUGACGACUGCCUACACCGUGGACAACACCGACUCGCCCCUCCUCGACGCCGCGACCAACGCCACGGCCACGCCGUGGGCCUUCGGCGCGGGCCAUGUGGACCCCGUCAGCGCGCUCUCCCCGGGACUCGUCUACGACUCCUCCGUCGACGACUACGUCGCCUUCCUCUGCACCGUCGGCGUCGCGCCGCGGCAGAUCCAGGCCAUCACGGCGGCGGGGCCGAACGUGACCUGCACGCGGAAGCUGUCCAGCCCAGGGGAUCUCAACUACCCGUCCUUCUCCGUCGUGUUCGGCCGGAGGUCGUCGCGCAGCACCGUGAAGUACCGCCGCGAGUUGACCAACGUUGGCAAUGCCGGGGACACGUACACUGUCAAGGUCACCGGCCCCAGCGACAUCAGUGUGAGCGUCAAGCCGGCAAGGCUCCAGUUUAGGCGGGCAGGAGACAAGCUCAGGUACACCGUCACGUUCAGGUCCGCGAACUCCAGGGGACCCAUGGACCCCGCGGCCUUCGGGUGGCUGACGUGGAGCAGCGAUGAGCACGACGUGCGGAGCCCGAUAUCAUAUACUUGGGUGAUGUAG